CAGGUCCCAUAGCCUGUAUUAGAAUGUCAGUGUUCUAUCACAUUGCCAUACCCCCGUCACUUCCGGUGUAGGGAAAUGUGAUAGAACAGCGCUCUAUGGCCGUGUCCCUGCAGGUGUCCCCCGGCCGCUGUGUGUACGAUGAGCCGCUGGCGGUCCGGGCUGAGGGCCUGGAGCCGGGGCAGGCGGUCACCCUGCACACCCAGCUCACCGAUGAGGGCGGCGAGACGUUCAGCUCCCGGGGCCGGUACCGGGCGGGCAGCCGCGGGGAGCUGGAUCUCACACAGUCCCCGGCCCUGGAGGGGGGCAGCUACACCGGCCUGGAGCCCGAGGGGCCCCUGUGGGCGCUGGAGCCCCGCACUCCACACAGGAGGUUCCUGAGGAAGGACGUGCAGAGCCCGCAGCGGGUGGACUUCAGCCUCUACCGGGACCACGAGCCCCUGGGCAAGCUGCUGGCCACCGCCACCCAGGACAGGACCUUCAUGGGGGAAGGAGUGAGCAGGCACCCCGUGAGGGAGGGCAGGGUGAGGGGCAGCCUCUUCUUACCACCAGGUGAGUGGGGGGAUUGUGGGAGUUGUAGUCCUGCACACCCUGGAGAACACUGACACCUCUCAGAUCCUUCUGAAACUACCAUUCUCACAAUCCUCACCCAGCCUCAUGCACCCCAGAAGGACAGUUUAAUUUCUGUUUGAGGCAUUUUUAGGUAACUUGCUAAUAACUUUUUAUUAUUAUUACUGUGAUGGGAUUCCAGCAUGGUUAAAAUUUAGUAGGCCAAAAUCUCCAUGUGGCAUAUGUGUAUGUUGUGUCAGUUGGUUAGCUACAUGUAGCUAGGAUACUGUCAUCAGUGUACUGAGCAUGUGCAGGAACUGAAAUUGCACUUAUUUCCUUUGUCUUGGAUGAGCCAUGUGGUUUGACUAGAUGUACAAGUCUAUAGUCUGCUCAUUGAUUGGUUAAAGGUAUAUGUGGGUGUAGCUAUUAAUGGGAGGAGUUAUGUGCCUAUAUAGGGAGCCUGCACUAUUGUUCAGGGCUCAGAACUUGCUGUAUUUUUGGUGACAUUAGUCCCUCUGAGUCCCGAUCGGUGAUCCAAUAAAGAAUCUCUUCCUUCCUGAAGAAACCUGUGUCCAUCCCUCUGUGCUUUGCUUCCGUCAGUUUCUCCGGUAUCAUUUGGUGCAUUGGCUGGGAAGCUCAUCGUUCAACGGUAGCUGAGAGGCAGAGGCGUGAGACGGUCUAUCUUUGCCCACGUUCUCUACGGCUGCACCCCUGAACUUCUGCGUGGACCUCCCUUCGUCUCGGCGCCACUGGUCUGUUGUCCAGGAGAUCAUCGGCCUCUACGUAAGAAGUGCUGGGGUGUCCCCGUCGAUGAGUGUGAACUCAGGUUCAGGAAUGAGGAGGUAAGACAACUGCUGUUUUAGACGGCAGACCCACUAGGGGUAUACCGAUUGUGCGGUAGGCCCAAAAGGGGUUUAAAUCUGUGUAUGGAAUCUGCCCCCUCUGUCGGAGGGAAGGAGCGAAGGCGCACCGCUCGAUCGAACGCUCUUUAGUAAGACCGUUUGAUCUGGUUAGUCAGGCGGGGUCCUGUGUAAAUAGCCCUAGCCGGACACCGGUGUCUUGUCUAGACUAGCGUUCUAGGGUGUAUAUUACGUUCGCUAGGUCGGAGGGACCGGGAGACUAAGCGGCGCCUGUGUAAAUUCGGUUCGCUAGCUCUCAACCUAUCUUGGCUAAGUGGGAAGGCGUGUAAAUUUGGAACCCACUAGACUUUUGAUAGAGUAAAUAGACUAGAAGGGCAAUUUCCGCCCUCUAGUUCGCUAUAUGUGGUGCUUGGGCAGUGUGGCUAACCAAAACGGGUGUAUAUAGUUUUAGGUAGUCUAUUCAAGGUACUGGCCAAUAGUUUAGUUGGGAUUAUUGUAAAUGUUGUUAAAUAUAUUGUAGUUGGUGAAUUGGUUAACUUGUAUGUCCUACUAGAAAGUUAGAGCUCUGCUGUCUAGUGGGAGUGUAAAUUGUGUGUAUAACUGUAAAAUAGCGCACGGUACCAUAACUACUGACAUGUACCAUAACCACUGACAUUGUGUAAAAUUACUAACAAUUGCUGUUUUAUGUUAUAUGUAUAAUACCAUAACUGUUACUAACUGAUCUGUGACUUUAAAACUGUAUUAUAACCACUUACUAACUGUACCAUAACCACUGACUGUAAAGAUGAGGUUACUAGAAUGUGAUAUAGUUGGUUAGUCAAAAGUUGAUUUAUAGUACAGAUAAUUGUAGAGAUGAAUUUGUUGAAAUGUUAUGUGAUCGGUUAGUUUAUAUGGAUUAAUAGCGUGGAUAGUUGUAUGGUUUGAAUAAUAGUUACAUUGAUAAGUGUAUAGUCUUUGGUGGUUUUUUUUUUGAUUUAAUUUCGUGUGUGCGACGUCGUGAUAUUGUUGAGCAUGUGAGGAUCCUGUGUGUGUGUUUGGGCCUAGUGACUGCGCAAUGUGUUGCUGGUGAUAAGGAGAUUGGUGUGACUGUUGAAACUGUGUGUAUAUUUGUACAGCUUUUUGAAUCAGACGUUCUGUUGCAAUGAUCUUCUGAUUCACUAGGCUGUUAGUCUUUUGUCUUGUAUGUUUAAAAAAAAAAAAAAAAAGUAGGGAGUAGCUUGUCCUGGUGGCCGCAUGGCCUCCAUGUAGCAGUCUUCACUUAAAUUUAGUGCAGGGUGUACAUGUGGCUGUAACUAGUAGGCUGGAAUUCUAUGAUCAGUUUCUAUAUAUUGACUGUUGGAAACUGAUUGUUGCCUUGGUGAAUUAAACUGUGUCAUAUGGGAAACAAUGUAGCCACAUGGUGGUCAGAACUAAGGACUUAAUUACAACUGCUUUGGACAUCCCCUCCCCCCCCCUGGCAUCUGAUUACCAACCCCCCAAACAUCCUCCAGAGCCAGAUUAGCCACGCCCAUUUCUGGCUGGUAUAGUCAGUAUUUGCACUCCCCCUGCUCUACUAUCCCCGCCUACCCACAUACCUAUCUGUUCCUGUGUUUCAAACUCUUGUAUUUCUGUACUACCCCUCCCCCUAAUCAAUGAUCAAUGGUAUCAGAUGGUAUAUUGGUUUUUUUAAGUUACUGGAUGGGCCCCUCCCAGCUUUGUCCAAAAUGUCCCCUUUUACUAAACUACAAACUGAAAUGUUUAAUUUACCUUAGAACUAAAGAUUUAAUCAAACCUAGCUAGCAGGGUGGACAUUGAUUAAAAUAAGUAAUAAUAAAAUAGGACAUAAUUAAUUAAAGUCUAUUUGUUUCAUUUGACUUUAGGGAGGCACUCUAAGCCACCUACUGGCCAUCUUCGGGAGUUACAUUGAUAAUACAUUGUUUAUAACAGAUAGAUGUAGGAUUGCUUACCCUAUUUUAAUAUAUUUAUUGCUAUAAGGUUUUAUUUUAUGUAUAAAUAUAUUAAAAGUUGAGUUUUCUUAUUAGACCCAUAAAGAUUAUUUUGAUACAAUUACCCUCUGGUGACACCUACUGGUAGGUUUUUGGUUUAACACUUUAAAAAAAAACAAAAAAAAAAACGUUUUUUCAUCCACCAAAUGCUGACUAAUAAAAUUAUCUUACUACUCCUAGACUGGAACCUAUUAUUGGGCAGCCUUGCCGAAGUCCCAUAUUAGACACUGCUUGAGUCAAAUAGAUUGUACACUCCCUUUAAUCCAGAGGCCCCUGAAAACUUCCGAAUGAUAGACUCAGCAUUUGUCAGCCAGGCCCAAGGUGAUAGUAAAAGGAAAUUAAAGAAAAUUAGAGGGAUUUGUAGGGAUGUCCAUAAUACAGCUAAUGGAGAUUGCAAAUACAGUAUAUAUGAAUAGGGAGAUGGAGGAAGAACGUAAAAUGAGGAAAAAGGCAGAUAUGCUAGCGGUAGCUAUCUUAAGUGUAGAAAGACAGGGAAGUGAAUAGAGGAGACGAGAAUAGGCUGAGCAAGGGACUUUAAGUAGGAAUUAAUGUGCGUAUUGUAGAAAGGAGGGACAUUGGAAGAGUGAGUGUCCACAGAGAGAGCAGUAUGAAGGUGAUAGACAAGGAGAGAGAAGGGUACGAGGAGGUUAUAGUGGUAGUUAUAGAGUAAGAGGAAGUUUUAGAGGGAAUGGUGGGAAUAGUAGAGGAAGUGUUCAAGGAGACAGAUACUAUCCACCCACGCAGAGACCUAGAGAAAGAGAGGAUAGAGAUUUUGUGGGUCUGGCUGACACUAUCAUGGAAGACUAUUGAUACCGACUGGGCUCCAUCCCACUUGGUCGAGCGUAGCCUAUGGUCGAUGUAGCAAUAGGGGGAAAGAGAAGUUCUUUCAUGAUCGACACAGGUGCUGAACAUUCUGUGGUGAAGCAUUAGUUCCUAUAUAUGCCAGAGUGUCCGAUUCAACUUUUAGGACGAGAUCUAUUAUCGAAGCUUUAAACUCAGAUAACCUUUUACCUAAUGGAUUAACAUCUCUGAAGUUUAAGGGAUUACCAGGCAUAAUGGUGAUAUCGGUGCCAAGGGAAGAAGAAUGACGCUUCUAUUCCAUAGUGACAAGUGUUAACCCUAAGAGUGAUGAAUCCUUACUUGACAUUCCAGGAGUAUGGGAAGAAAAUAAUCCUCCAGGACUUGCUCGUAAUAUCCCACCAAUACAUAUUGAGUUAAAGCUCGGGGUGUAUUCUGUUAGCCUUUGUAUGUUGUUCUUUUAUCUACCCCAACAGCUGUAAAGGUGGCGGAAGUGACUCCUUGGAUUCAUCAUUCUAAGGUUAAACCAGCAGCAGACUCUUGGCAAACUACUCCAGAUCCUGAGAAUCCUUGCAGGACCCGGUUGAAGCGUGCAACUCAGUCGGAGUGACGAGGGGAUAUCGAGACAUUCUAAUUAAAAGUCUACAAAGAUCAUCAAGUAGGUGUUUUGACGGCCAUAAUAAAGCCUGACCACCUGCCUACGUGUCAUAGCCAGAGUAUCUUGAAGGGAUCUCUGUGAAGGAAAGUGAGGAUCAGAAGAACAACAUCCUUGCAGCCCUCACAAUCGGGAAGCUGAGAGGCCAUCGCACGGUCGAAGAAAAAUGAGGAUUUCAGGAAUAAUGUGUUUUAUUGUGUCUUAGUAUUUUUAUGAUUUUUCAGGAAGGUAGGAGUACAGACAUACCGAAUUGCGAUAGUUGCAUUAAGACUACUAAAACAGGUAACCAAAUAUCCCAAACUUUCAUCUGGCACUCACAGUAUGAAUGUAAGGGAUCUGUAUCUAAAUGUAGAUAUUUGGAUAUUGAUUAUAGUGUGUGCAAGCCAAUAUCAGGAGAGUCUAAAUGUUUUGAUCCCCAUUUCCAACCCCGUACAAUUUGGUUGGUAAUUCGGAAUAGUAACUCCCAGGGGACAUUAAUAAAUAGGACUGUGAUAAGCACCAUACAUUCCGCGGGUAUUCUACUAUUUGAUGCAUGUAAGGCGAUUUCGGGUAGUGGAAGACUUUGGAAUGUAUGUGGUAAUCUUAAAUGGGAACGAACUUAUGGGUUUAAUGAUAAAUACUUAUGUCCCAGUAAAAGAUCUACUGAUCCUGAUUGCCCAAAUAGAGACUAACUUCUGCCCCUAUUGGUCAUGUGUAGGUUGGGCAACCUGGGAAAAACAGUGGAUCAAGAUAUGAUUAUCCAAAGGUUGCCUACCACACCAUACUGUAAAACUAUGUGUGUAACCCCGUUCACAUGACCAUUUCCAAUCUGCAGUACUUUAUUGACAGGUUUGGAGGUCUGUUUGGGUUCCAAAUAUAUGGCACAGGAGUAAAUUCAGGAACAAUAAUAUAUGUAGGUCUUGAAACUGAGACAGUGGCAACUCAAACUCAUCAGGUUUCUCAUUCCUUCUAUGAGGAGAUGAGUAUUGAGGAUAAAAUUCCCCAUAAUGUUAACAACCUAUUUAUUGAUUUGGCUGAGGGUAUUGCAGGUAGUCUUAAUGUAACUAAUUGCUAUGUGUGUGGAGGUACUAAUAUGGGAGACCAGUGGCCAUGGGAGGCAAAGGAAAUAUGGUACCCUGGCUCUGAGACAUAUGAACAACAGAUACCUUUCCAGUCUGAUCAUCAAGUAAGUACUAGAAGUAAAUUGGAAUGGUGGUUAAAAACCUCCAUUAUAGGUCAUGUUUGUAUAGCCAGGAAAGGGACAAUGUAUAACACGUCUGUAGGUGAGCUAACGUGCUUGGGACAAAAAGCCUAUAAUGUUAAUACUAAAAAUACUACUUGGUGGUCAGCUUCAAAUGUCUCAGAACCAUCUAACCCGUUUGCAAGAUAUGCCAAUUUAAAGGACGUAUGGUUUGAUCUAUCCAUCACAUCUAACUGGAGAGCCCCAGCGAAUUUGUACUGGAUCUGUGGUAAGAAGGCCUAUUCAGAGUUACCACAAGAUUGGGAAGGGGCAUGUGUAUUAGGUAUGCCAAAGCCAUCUUUCUUCUUGUUGCCUAUUGAAACAGGUGAGACUUUAGGUGUUAAAGUGUAUGAUGUGAAUCAUAGGAAGAAAAGGGGACCCAUAGAGAUAGGUGCCUGGGAAGAUAAUGAAUGGCCUCCCCAGCGUAUUAUAGAUUAUUAUGGGCCAGCCACGUGGGCAGAGGAUGGUACCUUUGGUUAUAGAACCCCUAUUUAUAUGCUCAACCGCAUUAUAAGGUUACAGGCGGUGGUUGAGAUCAUUACUAACGAGACAUCACAAGCGCUCAAUCUUCUAGCGAAGCAUAAUACCAGGAUGAGGACAGCAGUUUACCAAAAUAGAUUAGCCUUGGAUUAUCUUUUGGCAGUAGAGGGAGGUGUAUGUGGGAAGUUUAACCUGAGCAAUUGCUGUCUUCAAAUAGAUGACGAAGGGCAAGCAAUAGCUGAGCUUACUAGCCAUAUGGUUAAACUAGCGCAUGUGCCUACUCAGGUAUGGAAAGGGUACAAUCCAAGUAGUUGGUUUGGUAGCUGGUAUGAGUGGUUUGGAGGGCUUAAGGCAGUGGUAGGUGGAGUCCUACUGAUUUUAAUGUUGUGUCUACUCCUGCCGUGUCUUAUACCCUUAGUAGUUAGGUCUGUGCAAAGCCUGAUAGAAAAUAUAGCAGAGAGGAAGGCUGCUGCACAGAUAAUGGCAAUUUAUAAAUAUAAGGCUCUAGAUCAGGGAGAACCAAUGCAGGAAGACGAGUGUUGAAGAUUCACAUCAUAGGAUAAGUCUGGUCUGGUUCAAAGGUAACUUGUGGUGUAUGCAAACCAAGGUUAAGUGAUGCCUCAAGUAAUUGUAAAAUAUCAAGAGGCAUCAAAGGGGGGAAUGUGAUGGGAUUCCAGCAUGGUUAAAAUUUAGUAGGCCAAAAUCUCCAUGUGGCAUAUGUGUAUGUUGUGUCAGUUGGUUAGCUACAUGUAGCUAGGAUACUGUCAUCAGUGUACUGAGCAUGUGCAGGAAUGCAGGAACUGAAAUUGCACUUAUUUCCUUUGUCUUGGAUGAGCCAUGUGGUUUGACUAGAUGUACAAGUCUAUAUUCUGCUCAUUGAUUGGUUAAAGGUAUAUGUGGGUGUAGCUAUUAAUGGGAGGAGUUAUGUGCCUAUAUAGGGAGCCUGCACUAUUGUUCAGGGCUCAGAACUUGCUGUAUUUUUGGUGACAUUAGUCCCUCUGAGUCCCGAUCGGUGAUCCAAUAAAGAAUCUCUUCCUUCCUGAAGAAACCUGUGUCCAUCCCUCUGUGCUUUGCUUCCGUCAGUUUCUCCGGUAUCAUUACUAAUCUCUAAAUGAUUGAUUUCUACCCACAUUUAUUGUGGUUUAAAGUCACAUUACAGUGAGAGUAUUAUUGCUGUGGAGCUCUGUUAUCCACUCAGUCACACCAAGAAUAUGGAGCUCCUAGAAAAUUGGGAUUUGGGUACAAAAUAGGGACUGUGCCUCCUAAAUAGGGACACUUGGGAGGUGUGCAGUCUUUAGGUUUGCUGAGCACCAUAGGACAUGUGCACCUUGGAUGCUAGGGUUACUCUGAGCACUUACCUCUACUAAGGUGAAUAGAGUGACUAAGAUGCAGCUGCCAUUAAAUCAAUUUAGAUGUCCGCAUUACAUAUACAAUUAUAGUGCAGUACUGCUGGGUAAUAUGUAAAAAUGUGGCAAAGCGGAAUAGCAGAACUCUAUAUUUUGUCAGCCUUCCUGAUGGGUGAACACAUGGUUGCCUGAGCAUGCUGAGGUAGUCAUUGCUCCCAGCCCUGAGCAUUAAAGGGGCCUGGCCGCGCUUCUAAAUGGCCACAGCACCCGACCAGGACUUUUGUCACAUUUGCUUGCAUAUGGGGUUUACCUUAAGUGGAGGGGGAACUCCAGUGCAGCUCUGGCACCAUAACCAUUACUCUGUGCUAUAGUGGUUAUGGUUAUUGGGGUGUUUUUUUGUUUUUUUUUUAAGAAGUCUUAACAACAAAUUAAGAAUUCUUAAUUUGCUUAUUUAUUGGAUUUCCAUUUUUUUUACUAUUAAUACAGAUUGUGUGUAUGUUGUAUUUUGAUAAUAGUGGCUGGUUUUCUAUCUAUCCAUUGACCUUUGGUUAGAAGUGUGCUAUAUUUAGAUAGUAGAUAAGUAUGGUCAUGAUUUCUGUCUCCAGGAGUUGGACCUUUCCCGGGCAUUAUUGAAAUUCAAGGGACAGGCGGAGGUCUUCUCGAAUACAAGGCUAGCCUCCUGGCUAACAAAGGUUUUGCGACCCUUGCUCUGGCGUAUUAUAACUAUGAAGAUCUUCCAAAAGAAAUGAAAGUGUUUAAUUUGGAGUACUUUGAAGAAGCUGUAAACUACAUGCUGCAACACCCCAAGGUUGGAUUUAAAAUAGAAAUUGGUUUUAAAGGGACAUUUUAGGCACCAUAAACACUACAGCACAUUGAUGUUGAUGGGAAUAAGUUUGGCCAGUGUACAAAUGCCAAAAUAAAUGUUAAAGGGACACUACAGUUACCAAAACAACUUUAGCUUAAUGAAGCAGUGAACUAGACCGUAAAAAGUGUGAUAAUUAAUGUUAUUUCAAAACUGUUAACUGCUGCUGUGCAAUUCACUGUAACUUAUAUGUGAGUAGUCAAUUAUUUAAAUCUUAUUCAAAUAGCAGAACUCAGUACUUAAAGGGUGCAAGAGCCGCGCGCGCAUUCAAACAGUCCAUAGGAAAGCAUUACUCAAUGCUUUCCUAUGGACGUCGGCGUCUUCUCACUGUGAUUUUCACAGUGAGAAUCGCGGAAGCUCCUCUAGUGGCUGUCCAUGAGACAGCCACUAGAGGCUGGAUUAACACUCAGUGUAAACAUAGCAGUUUCUCUGAAAUGACUAUGUUUACAGCUGCAGGGUUAACACUAGAUGAACCUGGCUCCCAGAUCACUUCAUUGAGCUAAAGUGGUCUGGGUGCCUAUAGUGGUCCUUUAAAUAAUUAAAUUAAUUAAUUUGCGUUUUAAACUUUUCUUCAGAGUAAGCUAUUUGUUUUCUUUACCUUAGAUAUGUUGUUCAUUGGUGAUUUCUGUCUCCUGUCUUUUAGGUAAAAGGCCCAGGGAUCGGUCUUAUGGGCCACUCCAAAGGUGGAGACUUGGUUGCUUCAAUGGCUUCCUUUCUGAAGGGUAUAACCGCAGCCGUUCUCGUUAAUGGCUCCAUUGCCAAUGUCGGUGCAGCCCUUAAAUACAAGGAUGUUUUAUUACCUCCCAUUGGCGUCGAUGUCAAGAAAAUGAUAUAUCCUGAGAAAGGGGUGGCUGAUAUCACCAAUAUAUUGGUCAACCCGCUAGAAGAAGGUAACCGUAAAAGCCUUAUUCCUAUUUGGAAAGCCGACUGUAAGUUUCUGUUUGUUGUCGGGCAAGAUGAUCGAAAUUGGAGAAGUGAAUUCCAUGCCCAAACAGCAUGCAGCCUGCUUGUAGAAGCCAGGAAGGAGAAACCAGAAAUUGUACUGUACCCCGAAACUGGUCAUUACAUCGAAGCACCUAAUUUCCCUCUCUGCAAAAUCUCCAUGCACAAACUUGUUGGUCUGCCAGUGGUAUGGGGUGGGCAAACCAGACCGCAUGCUAUGGCUCAGGUGGAUUCUUGGAAGAAGAUCCAGAUCUUCUUCAACAAACAUCUCAACCAGAAAAAUGCUGGUUAAUCCCUUCCUACACCCAAUAUAUUUGAGAUAUCUUUACAUUUUGUUUCUUUUCUUUUUUAAAGAUAAAUUGUACCUUAAUGGACUGUUAAUAUAUGAGAGUAUUAAUUUAAAACCAUCGUUUGUAAGAAUUUACAGGCUUAUUUACUAAACUCAAUUUUUCUCACAUUCCAUCUGGCAAAAAUAGGCAGAUUGUGACUACGAUUGAGUUGAAUAAUUGUCCUCAAUCUGCUAUUUUUGCCUCAGUAUUACCGUUCUGAUUUCAGUCACUUGAAUUUUAGUUUAUGGAAUAACCUGUUAGUCUUUUUAUUUAGAUCUGCAAAAGGAAAAUGUAUUUGCCAGCUCAGUAUUUCAAAGUACCGUUGCAGGACAUUUAUAGCAAUACCACUGUACUGCCACUAGGAGAGAAUGUCAGAUCUGGUCUUUAACAUAUACAACAGUUAUACAUUAAUUAUCUGUCAGUUUAAUCAUUGACUUGAAAUAAGUUAUCCAUAAAAAUAAAAUAACCUGCUUGUAGGAAAACAAUGCACGAUUAAAGGGACAGACUUUUCACAAUUUCUUGCAUAACAUUGCUUUGUUUUUUUUUUGUAAUUUUUGUCUCCCACUUAAAUCAAAACUUAUGGCUGUCAAUCAGAAAUCCAGAGAUUUGUCUCAUCAAAUGUUGGCUCCACAGAAGCCUCUUGUUGGAGUAUACCAGUAUAUUAGAACUCUGGGCUGGGGAUACAGGGGGGAGGGCUUGCAGAGGCUGCAGACUACAGGUCCGCAGCUUUUGUAAGCUGUUCUUUCAUAUACCACCGGUGCUCCCUGGCUUUUCAUUGGGUAUAACCUGCAAAGCGCUCGCUACACAUUAGGUUACCCCAAUCGCUGUCGUCAGAGGAGGCGAAGAGGAAUCCAGUGCUAAGGGACCUUGACGCCGGAGUAAUUUGUUGAAGGGGGUUAUUUAACCCUUUAUAUUCUGGGAGGGGCAAUGGGAUACUGUAGUGUUCCUUUAAAUGUUAAAUUCUGUCAUUGAUCAGUUUUUCUUCAGACUUGAUGAAAACUCUGAAAAGCUCAUUUUAAAAAAAAAAUAUUUUGCUACUUCAAAUAAAAAUGUAUCAUUGCAUACUGCAAUAUUUUGGCAUUCUUUUACAUAUGCACACCUUCAAAACCCUGGUGUAUAUGGGUGCCCCAGUGUGUUUUUGGCAUGUCUAACAUAAUUUUGUAAAGUUCCCUGUGUCCGUGUACACAAUGAGGAUUGAACAAACUUGUAUUGUAUGUCUGGCUGAACUAGGUCAGCCUGUUUUGAUACAAUUAAUAAAAAAGAAAAAGAAAAAAAAAAAAGUUGAACAAAGGCCAACGGUUUGCUGUUACCAGCAUUUUGGCUUUGAUGAUAGAUUGUCAUACGACAAGUGAUCUCAGAUGUGUUCAUUAAAUGCAGAGAAUUUCCAUGAUCUUUCCAUUUAGUAAAUUUAUCAAACUAGUUUGAUUUGUGUCUGUCUUCCAAAAGAUGGAUUUAAAUUUUUUGCCGUUUAUUAUGAUUAAAUGUAGAUUUUGUAUAAAAAAAAAGUAUAUGCUUGAAAUUGGAAAUUUGGGCCCCCGAUAUUAAUAUCCCUGUGAUUAAACACCAAAUCAAAUGCACUUACUAUGUUCCAGCUGAAGUGGUAGAGGUUAACACAGUAAAGGAGUUUAAGCAUGCGUGGGAUAGGCAUAAGGCUAUCCUAACUAUAAGAUAAGGCUAGGAACUAAUGAAAGUAUUUCGAAAAUUGGGCAGACUAGAUGGGCUGUAUGGUUCUUGUCUGCUGUCACAUUCUAUGUUUCUAUGUUGUUUUUCAAUUAAAUAUAUUGUAAAUGUAAUGAAUUUAUUAAUAA